AUGGAACCCUAUGCUUCUCCUUCACUACACAUCUCAAACUGUGUCACCAUCAAGCUCACUAAGGAAAACUACAUAAUCUGGAAGUCACAUUUUGAAUCUUUCUUACGAACACAAGCUAUACUCGGAUUUUUUAAUGGAGCUGUCAAACCGCCACUAGAAGUAAUUCCCAUCCGCAACAACAACAAUGGCAACACCGAAGAAGUUCUUAACCCAGACUUUGAAAGCUGGUCGAGAUAUGAUCAAGUUGUCAAAGCAUGGUUGCUUGGAUCUAUGAGCGAGAAUGUCUUGAGGCUGGUAGUUGGCUGCUCCACUGCACAAGAGGUAUGGAACACUCUGGUUUCUCACUUCAAUCGCACAUCUUCGUCUAGGUUGUUUGAGUUGCAAAGGCGUAUCCAGAAUGCUGAAAAGUUAGAAAAGAACAUGUGUGAUUAUCUUAGAGAAAUUAAAGAAAUUUGUGAUAAAAUUGCUUCUAUUGGAGAUCGUGUUAGUGAAAAUAUGAAAAAUUUUGCUGCUUUAAGAGGUUUAGGCUGUGAAUAUGAACCAAUAAUCACAGUCAUCGAGGACUCUAUGGAUAGAAAGCCUGAACCUAACUAUGACAAUGUGAUAUCUCGACUUACUGGCUAUGAUGAUAGACUCCAAGGCUACUCUGUCUCAACUGAGGUUAAUCCACACCUAGCUUUUAACACCACAAGAUCACCAAGCUACCAACACCGAGGUCGUGGUAACAGAGGUAGAGGAAGGGGAGGAUACUCAACCAGAGGCCGAGGUUUUCAUCAAAAAUUCACCUCGUCAAGAUCAUCUCCAUCAGUUGCUCACACAAAUGAGAAACAUGUCUGCCAAAUUUGCAACAAACAAUGUCAUAAUGCCUUUGAAUGUUGGUAUCGGUUCGAUGAGGAGUAUCAGCAAUCUGCUCGCCCUGCAAUCAAUGCUACUGCGUUCUCUGCUCUUCACAUCACUGAUGUCACUGAGGACAACAACUAG